GUCCUUUUACAUACGAACCGGAAGUACGGCGAUGGCGACCUUGUUGAAAGCAUGAAAAUGAAUACUGUAAACCGUUCAAAUACAUUGUAACGUGCAUUUAUACUUUAUCAUUUUUAAAUUAAUUCUACACAUUGUUUAGUUGUUGUAGCCAUGUUUGCCAGCCUCAGAACUGCGUUCUGUGGAUUGGCAAUUGGCAGGACAACAGGAUGUUCAGGUGGAGCGUUGACCCAUAUGAAAGUGCUAUCUGUGGGACUGAAGACUUAUGAAGUACCUCCAGACUAUGCUGAUGUGGUGUUACCUGAGAAACCGAAAUUGAAAUUCAUCAAUAAAGUGCCCAAUCUCAAAAAGGCAAAGAAAGAGAUGAAGAGAAUGAAGGACAUCCAGGGCCCUACAAAGGGAGCUGACAAAUUCACUGGGAAGGGUCAAUAUGGCAUUGUUGCCCUUGGAGGAGGCUUCCUGCACUGGGGUCAUAUAGAAAUGAUGAGGUUGAGCAUAAACCGGCGUAUGGAUCCACGAACAACCUUCGCCAACUGGCGUAUCAACGCCCCAUAUAAACCAAUCACUCGCAAGGGCCUUGGCCAGCGAAUGGGAGGGGGCAAAGGUGCCAUUGACCACUAUGUCUCGCCAGUGCGUGCUGGCCGCCUGGUGCUGGAGAUGGGAGGUAGAAUCGAGCUUGGGGAGGUGGAACCUGUGCUCAAGGAAGUGGCCAAGAAGCUACCGUUCCCUGCCAAGGUUGUGAGCAGGGAAAGUUUGGCUGCCUUGCACAAGGAGCAGGAGGACAGGGCAACGAAUAAUCAGAAUCCCUGGACCUUUGAACAGAUUGCCAAGGGAAACAUGAUGGGGAUUCGGAAGGUCCUAAGCCCCUCCGAUCUGCACAACCAUGGCCGCUAUGCUGGAAAGUUCUAUUACCCAGACAGGGUCUGAACUGCUGACCUUGCACUUGUGUAAACCCAAGGGAGAGAGGCAACCAAAGGCAGAUUGCAAUGGACUUGAAACACUCUUUCAUUUGUGAUUUACCUCCAGUGUGGUAAUGUAAAUGUACAUGAAGUCAUAAACCGUCAGAUGGUGAUACAUGAACAAAUACCGCUGCCGACUGGACUGGACUAGAUCCUCUGUCUCUAGGACCCAUGUGGAGAGAAAGAUUUUAUCUAACAUCUAUCAUUGUUGUGAUAUCAUUUUCAUUCACCACAGAUGAUGACUUACCAAUAAAAGAUGUCUCACCAAUAAAAGAUAUACAAAGUU